GCUGGGUUUUUCUGGGCUGGAGUGCUGGACAGGGCAUUAUGCGGGGGUUAGAUUGGGCAUCCCAGGUUGGGUAAGGUUACGCUUGGACAAAUCGAGACGCACGGAGCUCCAGGACGACACACCGGGCCGUGCCGAACCAGAUCAGGAAAGAUUAGGCUGUCCUGGAAUAGAAUGGGGCACACUGGUUUAUUUGGGAGUUAUUCUGGGUAAUCCGAUGCCUUUCGAGCAGUCCUGCGGCCCACGGGCAGUAUUGUGGAAUCUCCCGAUGAUUGGGCCGUGUUGGGGUGCUUUAGGGCAUUCUAGACCAUCCUAGAGCAGAUAAGAUUGUUUGGGGACAUCUGGCCUGUUCUGGUGCAGAAAAGGGUGUGUUGGGAUGUUCUAGGCUGCUUUGGAGCAGAUUACCAGGCUCUCUCGGAAGAAUUUCCUGCUCUUCUGUCUCUUCUGGGUUGUGUUGGUUGAUCUUAAGUUUCUGUUGGGGUCAAGUGUUUCAUGGGGACGCUCUGUAGAGAGGCAGACAAGGUUUUUGAGGCUAUGCCAGUGCAGACAGCUGUAUUGGGAUAAUCUGGUCUAUAUUGGUAUGGACGGCUGCGUGUGGAGACGUUGUAGGUCAUUGCUAAAAUAGCCCAAUAUGGCUAUUCUGGAGUGUUUGGAGUCAUUCUGGGCCAGACUUGGAUUCUUAAUAAUAAAUUUGCUUAUGGUUUUUGAGGCUGAGUUCUCCAGGUAGCCAGCCUCAGCUCUUGAAGGCAGGCUGGAUUGGCCUGAGACAGCCCAUGUUCUGGGAUAGCUGAAUGGACUGGCUUCUACUGAGAAAGACCGUUGGCCGUGAGGAAGGUGGGACUGUGUUGGGAGUUACCUUUGAUUUAGAUCGAAAUUCCUGUUUGUUAGCAAUGAUAUGACCCAGGAGAUAGACACAGUUGGCACAAGAAACUUCGUAUAGCAUAGGAAAUCUUUGGACCAGCAUUGAAAGCCGAGGAUGAGCUGGGGAGAGGAGGAGGAGGAAGGAAAGGGGGGUGGUGAAGGAGGAGAUUUCAGAUGACAACGCCCGCCUUCCCUGCUUCAACGGGAGGGUGGUGUCCUGGCUGGUGUCGUCAGAGAACCCCCAACCCGAGAUGGCUCCCCCAGCCCACGAGCCCCGGGCAGAGCUGGCACCGCCCCCCCCACCGCUACCCCCCCUGCCACCGGAGAGGACCAGCGGCAUCGGGGACUCUAGGCCUCCGUCCUUCCACCCUAACGUGUCCAGCAGCCGGGAGAACCUGGAGCCUGAGACGGAAACCGAGUCAGUGGUGUCCCUGCGGCGGGAACGGCCUCGUAGGAGAGACAGCAGUGAGCACGGUGCAGGGGGCCACAGGCCUGGUGGACCCUCGAGGCUGGAGCGCCACCUGGCCGGGUAUGAGAGCUCCUCAACCCUUAUGACCAGCGAGCUGGAGAGCACUAGCCUGGGGGACUCCGAUGAGGAUGACACCAUGAGCAGAUUCAGCAGCUCCACGGAGCAGAGCAGCGCCUCUCGCCUCCUCAAGCGCCACCGGCGGCGGAGGAAACAGCGGCCACCCCGCCUGGAGAGGGCUUCGUCCUUCAGUAGCGUCACUGACUCCACCAUGUCUCUCAACAUCAUCACAGUCACACUCAACAUGGAGAAGUACAACUUUCUGGGCAUCUCCAUCGUGGGCCAGAGCAACGAGCGGGGCGACGGCGGCAUCUACAUUGGCUCCAUCAUGAAGGGCGGUGCGGUGGCAGCCGAUGGGCGCAUCGAGCCGGGUGACAUGCUGCUGCAGGUCAACGACAUGAAUUUCGAGAACAUGAGCAACGAUGAUGCAGUGCGGGUGCUGCGGGACAUCGUGCACAAGCCGGGCCCCAUUGUGCUGACUGUGGCCAAGUGCUGGGAUCCGUCUCCCCAGGCCUAUUUCACUCUUCCUCGAAAUGAGCCCAUCCAGCCGAUCGACCCAGCUGCCUGGGUGUCUCACUCGGCUGCACUGACUGGCACCUUCCCCACCUACCCGGGCUCCUCGUCCAUGAGCACCAUGACAUCCGGGUCUUCUCUGCCCGAGGGCUGUGAGGGCCGGGGUCUGUCCAUUCAUACGGACAUGGCAUCUGUCACCAAGGCCAUGGCAGCUCCGGAGUCUGGACUGGAAGUUCGAGACCGCAUGUGGCUCAAGAUCACCAUCCCUAACGCCUUUCUGGGCUCGGACGUGGUCGACUGGCUCUACCAUCACGUGGAGGGCUUUCCCGAGCGGCGGGAGGCCCGCAAGUAUGCCAGCGGGCUGCUCAAGGCGGGCCUCAUCCGCCACACUGUGAACAAGAUCACGUUUUCUGAGCAGUGCUAUUACGUCUUCGGAGACCUCAGUGGCGGCUGUGAGAGCUACCUGGUCAACCUGUCUCUGAAUGACAACGAUGGCUCCAGUGGGGCUUCAGACCAGGACACCUUGGCUCCUCUGCCUGGGGCGACCCCCUGGCCUCUGCUGCCCACCUUCUCCUACCAGUACCCAACUCCACACCCAUACAGCCCGCAGCCGCCCCCCUACCACGAGCUGUCAUCCUACACCUAUGGUGGCGGCAGUGCCAGCAGCCAGCACAGCGAGGGGAGCCGGAGCAGUGGGUCAACACGAAGCGAUGGGGGGGCAGGCCGUACAGGGAGGCCCGAGGAACGGGCCCCUGAGUCCAAGUCCGGCAGCGGCAGUGAGUCUGAGCCCUCCAGCCGUGGGGGCAGCCUCCGGCGGGGCGGGGAGCCGGGUGGGGCUGGUGAUGGGGGCCCUCCCCCUUCCAGAGGCUCGUCAGGGGGUGUCCCCAAUCUCCGAGCCCACCCUGGGCUCCAUCCCUAUGGGCCACCCCCGGGGAUGGCCCUCCCCUAUAAUCCCAUGAUGGUGGUCAUGAUGCCCCCCCCUCCACCCCCUGUCCCACCAGCAGUGCAGCCCCCAGGGGCCCCUCCUGUCAGAGACCUGGGCUCUGUGCCCCCAGAACUGACAGCUAGCCGCCAAAGCUUCCACAUGGCCAUGGGUAACCCCAGUGAGUUCUUUGUGGAUGUUAUGUAGGGCGCGCAGCGGGGGCCGCGUUGAGUUUCCUCCCUCGGCCCAUCCAGUCCGCCCUUGGUGCUUCUGUCCUGUGACUGGGUGUCUCAUCGGUCACCUGCCCAUCACGCCUCUAGGGCCUGGGCUUAGCCACCCGCUGGGGUCUUUGCCACUGUGACUCUCACCAGCAGUGCCUGGUUCCUCCCCUUUUCCUCGGGGGUGUACAAGGGACCUUUGGUUAUUUUUAGCUUUACCGUUUUUGUAAGACUUCUGGGGGGUUUGAAAUAGACUUUCAUACAUUUUUUGGACUAUUUUUUUAGUAGAUAUUUCCACUUUUAUAUGAAGAAUCCUUGUCUCCUGGGCCCUUUCUUCUAGCCCCAGAAUGUGAUCUCCCACUCUGUCUGCCCUGUCAGUUGUGCCCUGCGCGGGGUGGGGGGGGUCAGUGGUACCUUGGGAGGAGGAAGGGGGUGGGCACCCUAGCCGGCAGUCAGAGGAAGCUGGGGUGUUUGGUCUUGGGGGCCCACGUAGCUGCUUUUGUUACUCUAUUUAUUUAGUCACUUGUAUAAAACCAAAUAAAGCAAUAGGGGCAAACUC